UUUAUAGAUACGCCUAUAUAUGCCGCGUAUUUCGAAGCCACGUAUAGCAACAUGUUCGAAUUUGCCGGGCGAUUCUAUUCACAGAGGGGCGUAAAACUUUGAAUGACUUCCCGUUUUGCGGCUUCAUUUUUGACUCGUCCGACGAGAGGACGAGACAAAUGCCCGUCGCUUCAGAAGAUUGGGUCCCGCACCCGGCUAAGAUAACCAGUUCUAUUACCACUGUCAAAGGUGCCACUAUCCAAAGCACGACUACAUCUUGGAUGUCGCCAUACAGCAGAGCGUCUCCGUCUGAACGUCCAACUUCUAACAACAACAACAACAACAACAACAAUAAUAAUAAUAAUAAUAAUGGAGUUGUCAUACUCGAAGGAUGUAGACCACCUGCUGCCACCACUGCUAGAAGGUUUCUCAGGUGGUUCAGCAGACUUGGUCAACCGCCAAUGGGAAAAUCAGGGGUGUUGGAGAUGGCGGCCACAGAGAGCACGAUCCGUUUCAGCGGGCAUACAUUGGACAAGGCUACAAAGGCCAAGGUAACCUUGGAGAAUUACUACAGCAAUUUGAUAGCUCAGCAUAUCGAGCGAAAGCAGAGGCUUGCGAAAUUAGAGGAAUCGUUGAAAGACGAAGGACUGUCGGAGCAACAGAAGCAGGAGAAACGGUUGCAACAUGCCCAGAAAGAAACCGAAUUUCUUCGCUUGAAACGGUCUCGGCUCGGCGUCGAAGACUUCGAACCUCUCAAAGUUAUCGGCAGAGGUGCUUUCGGAGAGGUAAGACUCGUGCAAAAGAAGGACACCGGCCACGUGUACGCGAUGAAAAUUUUACGAAAAGCCGACAUGUUGGAGAAGGAGCAGGUGGCGCACGUGAGGGCCGAAAGAGACGUGUUGGUGGAGGCUGAUCACCAAUGGGUCGUAAAAAUGUAUUAUAGCUUUCAAGAUCCUAUAAACUUGUAUCUAAUCAUGGAGUUUCUUCCAGGCGGUGACAUGAUGACACUGCUGAUGAAGAAAGACACGCUUUCCGAGGAGUGUACACAAUUUUAUAUUUCUGAGACUGCGUUGGCAAUCGAUUCUAUUCAUAAAUUAGGAUUUAUUCAUAGAGAUAUCAAACCGGAUAAUCUGUUAUUAGACGCGCGAGGUCACAUAAAGCUUUCUGAUUUUGGAUUAUGCACGGGUUUGAAAAAAUCUCAUAGAACCGAUUUCUACAGAGAUCUUAGUCAAGCGAAACCUUCAGAUUUCAUGACAUCAUGUGGAAGCGGAAGUGGCGGAGCGAUGGAUAGCAAAAGGAGAGCAGAGAGUUGGAAAAGGAAUAGGAGAGCGUUGGCUUACAGCACAGUAGGAACACCAGAUUACAUAGCUCCGGAAGUAUUCUUACAAACUGGUUAUGGGCCUGCUUGUGAUUGCUGGUCUUUAGGAGUUAUUAUGUACGAGAUGCUCAUAGGAUAUCCUCCUUUCUGCAGCGAGAAUCCCCAAGAAACUUACAGGAAAGUAAUGAAUUGGAGGGAGACUUUGGUUUUUCCACCAGAAGUUCCUAUUAGCGAGGAAGCCAAGGAUACCAUAAUCAGAUUUUGUUGCGAAGCUGAUAGGAGAUUAGGUGCGCAAAGAGGUAUCGAAGAGCUUAAACUCGCUCCCUUUUUCCGUGGCGUGGAUUGGGAACAUAUCAGAGAAAGACCUGCCGCGAUUCCAGUCGAAGUACGUUCCAUCGACGAUACUUCUAAUUUUGACGAAUUUCCAGACGUGAAACUGGAAAUACCAUCUGCACCAAUGCCUCAAGACGGGGAAGUA